AUGUCAUAUUUGGACCAGGAAGAGGUGCAUGACUGGACAUUGCUCGCAGAGCUGGCUGUGAAGCGCGGCGACAAGAGCUUUGAGCCGGUUUAUGACGGCAGCUCGCUUUCCCAGUACGAUGUCGACGCCCUCGAGAAACAGCGAAGCAUCAUGUACCAUGCUUUGUCCCAGCCGCGAGGGUUCCUUACCCAGCCAGAUAAACUCAUCUCCUCCACCAUCCGCUUGGGAACGGGCGCGUACAUUGACCAGCCAGGAGGCAAGUUUUUGGAGACGAUGGGGAGGAUAGACCGGUCGGGAAGAUGUCAUCUCAACUUCGAGGAGGCACUAUAUCUGGUGGAGAGAGGGACCUGUGUGGCGAAAAAGGAGAACUCUGAGCACAUUAUGUCUUUGCAGGAAGUCUAUGCCAACCUAAUUACCAGCCCAGAACAGUACGAUCAGCUACUCGUGUACUCGCUGCUCAAGAGAAACGGAUACAUAGUGCUGCGAGCAGCGCAACGCGCUUCUGAGCGCCAUGAGCCAGCUCCAGUCCGCUACAGAUCACCACUCCUGAGCUUUGUGGUCUCGCUUUUCGGCCUCAAAUUUCUCACUUUCCGCUCAAUUUUCAGCUACCUUCACUCGCUCAUAGCUCCCAAAAAAAUCCGCCCAAACCCAGACCCCAAUUGGCAGCCGGCUUUCGACGUCUGGAAGCCCACCAAGGGCUUCAAAAAAAGCUCGCCGCCCGUUCCGCAUUUCCAGGUCGUCAUUGUGUCUGCAACGGAUAAAAUGCCGGAAAUUGAGACUCUCAAACAGCAUCUGCACGAGUCACCGUCCCUGCUGGUGGCAGUUGUCGACAACGGCAUCGUAAACUUCUACAACCUCUCCCAGAUGGACUCCACCCGGCUGGGAAUCGCGUGGAAGGACUCGUGGGGGUACAACCGCACGCUCUGGUCGAUGCUCCGUCGUCUACUCAUACACAAAAAAUAA